AUCUAUCUAUCUAGCUAGUGCUGCACAUCCUGCCCGGCUAGCCAGGAAGGACUCCAUCAGCCAGGUUUCUCCACCCCACCCACCUCUCCGCACCGAAGCCCAGGCAGUGCAGUGCAAGGGAUGAAGCGCAUAGUGGGGAGCCCGGGCCCCGGGGACAUGGAGCGGCAUGGCGCUGCGGGUGUCGCCGCCGCAUCCGUCUUCGCCAUGUUCUCUGCUUAUGGCUUCUCCAACUACAGCGCCUACUUCUACCUGAACUUUGCUUCGGUGCUGCAGUUUCUGUGGAGUUUGCCCCUUGCUUGUCUGGAUAUCUUUUCUCUGAGGAAUGAAAAGGAUCUUCAAGCACCGGCUCGUCUAUUGCUCAUUGUUAUCAUUGACUGGGCCGUGGCGGUUCUCAUGUUCUCAGGAGUCUGUGCCGCCGCCUGCCUGACGAUUUUCUUCAUGAAGGAUGUGAACUUCUGUGAGGGGUUCUCGUGGCUGGGAUGCAAUCAGUUCGCGCUUUCGGUCACCCUGGCAUUCAUCACGUGGUCGCUGCAAGCUGCGUCUUCUUUCUCCGGGUUAUGGCUACUGGUCUCGUUCUUCUAGUGAUCUCAAUAGGUGCUUUGAAUCACCGUCGCGUCGUGCUAAUUGCCAGUUAAUGGUUGCAUUAUCUUUUAUUUUAAAGUGCUAAUUGCCAGUCAAGGAUGGUAAAUCAGUUCAGAUGCAAUGUGCUCAGGACACUUGUUCAUCACCGUCGCGUCGUGCUAAUUGCCGGUUAGAUUUCAGUUACCGGCGUUCUUCAUCACUUAUUGAUAGACUGCAUGUCUGAUAGCGUGUCUUCAGUUAAGUGGAAUAGUUACUGUUUAGGUAAUGUGGAAGUGGAAUCACUAAUAUGGGGUGCCUAUUAGUGCUCCAAGUGGCUUUUGUCUUCACUUUUUUUACGGAUUGCUGUUUUUCUUUUGAUGGAGUAGAGUACCAGUAGCAGCCUAGCAGGUAGUACACAGAGAACGGAUCAAAAACGAAAAUGGGGAAAGUCGGCGGUGGCUACCGGUCGGUACAACCUGCUUUGGGUUGAAGAUAGCUAGAGGGAGGGAUUCAUAUAAGUCGUAUUAUGUGACAAAAUGGCGACAUAUAUAUUCAGGGAAUUCCAUAUAUGUCGCGUUCUGCGACAAAAUGGCGAAGGUUCGCACAGGGAUGAAGCGAGCGAAUGAGUUAUGGGCCGGCGCAUUUGUACAACGCGAGCGCAGUACGCGAUCCGUUUUGGGAACCUUCCAUACGUUUUGGAAACCUUCUAGAAGGUUCCUAAGCUGGUUUUCUCUUUCCUGAUGUUUCUUCCACUGGUUUUUCAGGUUUUUUCUUUUCUGUUUCUUUUGUAAAAAAUCAAAAAUCUCAAAUUUCAAAAAGUGUUCUAAUUUUAGUUUUUUUUUCAAAAUUCAAAAAAUGUUUGUGCUUUUCAAGAAAAAGCAAAACUUCAAAAACUGUUCCUAUAUUCAAUUUUUGUUCAGAAGUUUUUUUGAAAAAAAAUCGCGUAUUCAAAAAGUAUUCCGAGUAUUGGAACAGCUGUACUCCGAGUACGAAUCAUCACUUUGGUGCAGUUGUAGUCUGCAUUACUGCAUAAUAAUGCAGCCAGUCACUUUCAUCUACCAAAAGGAGUACUACUGUACCACUAGCCAGCAAAUUGUCUGAUGCAAAGACAAUACUUUCCCGAGCACAAGAGAACUACGCAGGAUUUUAUUUCCCCCCACUUUUCUGGUGUGCCAACCAGCCAGAGCAGAGCAGACCAGAGCAGCCUCCGGCCAUGUCGGCGGGCAAGGGGAGGAAGACGGCGUGCGUCACCGGAGGGAGCGGCUACAUCGCUUCAGCACUUGUUAAGAUGCUGCUCGAGAAAGGCUACGCUGUCAGAUGGCACGGAGAAGAACUCCCACCUCGAGGACCUGCAAGCGCUUGGCCCCUUGGAGAUCAUCCGUGCCGAUCUGAAUGAAGAUGGCAGCUUCGACCAAGCUGUUUCUGGCUGCGACUACGUCUUCCCCGUGGCCGCUCCGGUGAACAUGUUGUCAGCAGAUCCCGAGGUCAUUUUUCAACAACUUAAAAGAACCUUCUGCAUUACUACUAGCCUGCUAUUCUCUCCGGACGGAGGGAGUGUUAAUGCAGGUUCCUCUUUCCCCCAGAGGAUAUGAUAUGAUAUUUGCAGCUCAUCAUAGUGUGCCAACAACCACUCCAGAGGAACCACCUUACAACCUCUCGUUCCUGAAGCGAGGGGAGCAAGCGAAUAAUCCUUCUCUUUUCCACGAGAGGUUCGAUCGAGUGGUGGCCGGCGAUGUCGGCGGGUGAGGGGAAGAGGACGGCGUGCGUCACCGGAGGGAGCGGUUACAUCGCCUCAGCGCUCAUCAAGCUGCUGCUCCAGAAAGGCUACGCUGUCAAGACCACCGUCAGAGACCCCGAUGACAUGGAGAAGAAUUCCCACCUCAAGGACUUGCAAGCGCUUGGCCCCUUGGAGAUCAUCGGCGCCCGGCUGGACGAAGAAGGCAGCUUCGACGACGCAGUUUCCGGCUGCGACUACGCCUUCCUCGUCGCCGCUCCGAUGAACAUCGGUUCAGCAGAUCCUGAGAGAGAUCUGAUCGAGCCGGCCGUCCAAGGAACACUCAACGUGAUGAGGUCGUGUGUCAGAGCGGGGACGGUGAAGCGGGUGAUCCUGACGUCGUCGGACGCCGGGGUGUCCAGGAGGCCGCUGCACGGCGGCGGUCACAUGCUGGACGAGGGAUCCUGGUCCGACGUCGAAUACCUCAGAACCAACAGGCCACCAACUUGGGAAUACGCAGUGUCCAAGGUGCUUCUCGAGAAGGCGGCGAGCAAGUUUGCGGAGGAGAAUGGCAUCAGCCUCGCCACCGUGCUGCCCGUGUUCACCUUGGGCGCGGCGCCGGUCUCCAAGGCCAGAACCAGCGUCCCCGUCACCCUCUCCCUGUUGUCCGGCGAUGAGACACGGCGGGACAUCCUGAUGGGCCUGCAGUCGGUCACCGACUCCGUGUCGAUAUGCCACGUGGAGGAUCUGUGUCGCGCUGAGGUGUUUGUCGCCGAGAACAAGUCCUCGGCGGGCAGGUACAUCUGCUGCAGCCACAACACCACCGUCGUGCAGCUUGCCCGUCUCGUAGCCGAAAAGUACCCACAAUACAAUGUGAAACUUGAACGCUUUGCUGGGUCCCAAGAGAAGCCAAGAGCGUGUUUAUCGUCUCAGAAGCUCAUCGGGGAAGGGUUCGAGUUCAAGCACGAUGAUUUAAGUGAGAUCUUUGACGACCUCGUUGAAUACGGCAAGACCACGGGGAUACUUCCCUACUAAUAUGUCUGUUAUCUGCGGACGGAUAUGUAACCGGAAGAAAAUAAUGUGUCUUAGCAGAAGAACCCAUGCUUGUAGUUUCUUUGAGGGGUAACCCAUGCUUGUAUUUUUGGUGUGUGAAGAUGUUUAGUUCUUUGCCUGUGUGGCAAAAAUAAAUAAAUAUUAUUUUGCUAAAUGUA